CCCACCUCCGCGAUUGGCCGCCGAGCCUGCGAAGGCUUUGAACAGCGCUUCAAAUUUUUAAAUUUAGAAAGUUUGGCUCAGUGUUUGUGAUUGGUUUUGUACGAGGCAUAAUGUCGGCAGUGUUAUAAGAUCAACCAUGUCUAGAUUAGCAUGCCUGCUGGCGGUAGCUGGUGCCGCGUCUGCGCAGCUGACACUGGAUGGCAUCAGAUGCGGGCAACUGGUCUGCCAGCUCGAAGAGUACUGCUCGCCGGACACCAACCGGUGCGCCCCUUGCAGCGUUGCUUGCAAUAAAACGAGCCACAACUACGAUGCUGGCCUCUGCAUCAAAGAGUGCCAAGGUUACCUCCUCGAUCUGAGGUACAUGCGAAGGUCAGAGGAAACACAUCCUCCAGGGGAUCUGAGCGGUGUGCAGCGACAAGCGCAGACUGCUCUGAUCAUCAGCGCCGUGGCACUCGCAAUCUUGGUGCUCGUCCUCAUCAUUGUCUGCAGGGGCAAGUUCUCAUGGCGAUACAUCAAGCAGAAAUUUCAGCCGGCCAAGAACCGCGUGAAGCAGUACCCAAACGACCUGACACAUCACAACCCACACGCGGAGAUGCCGAAACCUAAGCACGAACUGAAACUGGAAAUACGGAACCCCGAUCCAGCGAAACGACCGCAACAGCCUCUGAAUGUAAGGGACCUUGAAACAAGGACUUCGAUAACGGAGAAGAGUCAGGGAGCGACUACGCCGAAAACGAUCAGUACUGCACUUAGUAACCGACAUCCAGCCGAAGACACGACUUUAGAUUUCUCGUACGAUAACAUGGGAAUGAAUGUGACGCCGCCCGAGCAACCCGCGACCAGCCACAAGUUCUGAGGAACGGCUGUUAGCUUCGGCAGUGCGACCAUCAAGUUCAUACACCGCAAUCUCAGUACUGCCACGUCAGAAAGUUAGUCCAACAAAAGUUUCAAAAGACUCUUAAGAUAAUCAUUAAAUAUAUCAAC